UCACUUCCUGUUCCACAUUCAAUGACACUUCCUACACUAGAAAACGAACAAGAAAAUUUAACUAUAGAAAAAACAACAGAGGGCAGGGAUACGGUUGAGCCCAGAAACGCUACUGAUCCAGACGAACCUGCAGGACUCACGAACAGCGUUACAGGCCGUCAUGUAGCGCCGGAAUCCCUGCAGGACUCUGAUCCUAAAACAUCCGCGUUUCCGGAUGAGCUCCCUAAUCCCUGCCCUCCAUCUGGGGCAAAAGUAACACACCUAAAGGAUUCUAUGAAACGUUGUUCCGAUUCUUUACCACUAGAGGGCGGUCCAACACCACCGAAAAAGGGACAUCUCAGCACUGAUAGUUUACAUAGUGAGAUAAAAACUGCUCCAUCAACAAACCCAGAAAGGACAAAAGGCCAGAACAAUAAAAGAGUGUGGAAUUUCAUCAAUGAAGAUGGUUAUGUAACCUAUACUAAUAAGUCUGAUAAAGAGGUUUUAGAUUUAAUUAAAAAUAAUUUUAAUAAACCAUUACGUGAUAGAAAACAUUUAGCAGAUAAGUUUUUGCAAAUGCUUAAAAACCAAACAAAGUCUUUAAUGGAAAACAAAUAUAAUCAACAAGCAUUUGCUAUUUUAAAAAAUAAUAAUAAUAAUGAACAACGUGAUUUAAUUACUGAAACAAAUGAAGAAGAAUGUAUGAAUAAUGAGAUUGAAUUAAUCGGUCCAUUUGUUCCAAAGGGUAAAAAACACAGUGAGGACUUUUUAAUCAAACAACUUAAAGAAAGGAAUAAUUUUUCUGAAGUUUGGAUAUACACAACAAAUAGUCCUUGUUUAGGUAGAAUAUCUCAUUCCCUCCAGUUUCAUCUUCCCUGUUUGUAUAAUUUAAUCAAUUUAGCAAUAAAUCAUAACAUUAAAAUGUACAUCGGUUUCUCAAAAUAUUAUAUCUUUAUCAAAAACAUGUAUGAAUUUAUUCAAAAUCUGGAAGAUGAUGGACUGAGAAACUGGAAUCCUGACCAUAAAUUUCAGGUUAAAUUCACUAUUACAGAAUUCAAAUUUAACUGUAAAGCAGCCAGUAAUAUAAUAAAGAACAUUGUUUCUGAAUGUUCAGACUUAGAAAUGACAUACAGGAAGUGGCAUCAGAAAGGAUCGGAAACAUCAGUAGAGUUUGAGUCCACACUGAGAAAAGAGAUGAUGGAGAGCUCUGAUGAAGAGUUCAAUAAGAUUACAAAGGAGUAUAAGAUAUGGUGGGAUCUAAGUGUAGAUGAAAAUCUAAACAGACACAUAGUUCCAUCCAUUUUUGAACACAUCCAGGGCCUUUAUCCUAAUCUGGAGUUUUUCCAGGUUGAUUUGGAGCAAUGCUUGAAUUUGGCUAAUGAGGAAUAAUUGGAAUAUAAUUGAAAUAAAUCUCGCUAAUGCUAA